CUACCAAGCCACAAAACGAGAGAGAGCUUGAGUGGUUAAUACCUUGGCAGGAUGCAGAGUUGAGGGAAGCAUUACCAGAUGGAAGCUAACUGGAUGCAGCUGAGGCUUUUUAAACAGGAGUGAAACAAAAGAAAGGGAGUUAGGAUGAACAGACACUUGGUUUGGCUUCUUUGAGGGACAUAAAGGCACCAUCCUGUGCAUUUUUCACUUUUUUUGAUUUCACUGCUUGUAAAGCUGCCCAGAAAGGAUAUAUAGCUGCAAACUUCUGCCAAGAUGAUGUCAAGAUGAGUCAAACCAGAACUUCAGCAGUAAAUGCUAAAUAUGAUUUAUGUUUAAGCCUGAAACAGCAUGAACUUUCUUGUUUAGUUCCUUGUUCUGCUAUCUUUUUUAAGGCCUGCAAGAGCAUCUGAAACAUGCUGUUUGUAAUUUCCUUACAUUUUAUCACUUCUAUCGACUUCCUGAAGCACAUGAGCAAUGAAAGGGUUCUCAGGCUGACCCAAGCUUUGGCAGGCCUGCACAUAGUGCUGAUGAAGAUCUGGACGAACUGACAUGACCUGCUGGAAAACAGAGCGAAGUGUUACUGCAUCAUUAAGGCAGCCUAGCAACAUCACCAUGGACUCGAGUGCUGUUGUGCCAGGCUCUGUACAACAGUAAAAAUGGGCUUGUCUGAAAAGGGUUACAGCUCUUGCUAUGCAACACAAGAAUAACUGAUCGAUGCAGACAGGCAGGAAAAGCCCAAGGGAAGGAAUGUGGGUUUGCGGACAUGUUUCUGCUAUGCCGUCUCCUAGAAUCUGAGCUAACAGAGGAUUACUAUUCACAGAGAAAUCAAAAUUAAGGAGCAGAGAUGGCUGAGUCUCAGCAGAUCCAGGAAGCCAGUGCAGGGGACAUUCACUACCUUAAAGCUGACUUUGUUGAUUGUGAGGAUGACCACGUUGAGACUGUGCAAGAAAUAUCAGUGAAUGAAGUGCCAGAUAAUGAAGAUCUUCCUCCCACACAUGUCACAGACAGGAUAUUUUUUAUGGAUUUAGCCAAUAAGCAACUGCAAACUAUCUCACCAGAGGUCUUGAGCCUAGAACAUCUGGAAGAGCUGCACGCGGAAAAGAACCUGAUCAUAAGCAUCCCCAGGGACAUCAAUCGCCUGAGGCACAUGAAGGUCCUCUACCUGGAUCAGAAUCACAUACAGGACAUCUGUGAAGAGCUGGGGGAUCUGAAAUGUCUUCAGAGCUUAGAUUUAAGUAGCAAUCCCCUCUGCUGCAGUUCGCUGCCAGUUAUCAGCAAGUUGCAGUCCCUUCGUCAGCUCAGGCUCUAUAAAACAAACUUGCAGGAACUCCCAGUGCAGAUCUGCGAGUGCCUCCAUCACGUUGAACUGCUUGGCCUUUCUGACAAUAAUCUCAAGUGUCUGCCUAAAGAAACAGUGAACCUGACAAAACUCAAGGAAAUUUACCUCCAGAAAAACAGAUUGGAAAGUUUUCCCAAGGAGCUUUGUUAUAUUGCUAAUUUAGAAAUAAUAGAUCUGGAACAAAAUCUGAUCAGUCUCAUCCCAGAAGAGGUAGGCUUUUUGACAAACUUAGUUAAGCUAUUUUUAGCUUUUAAUAACUUAUCCUCCAUUCCUCCCACACUGCAAUAUUGCCAGAAACUGGCUGUGUUGGAUCUGUCUCAUAAUCUCCUGCACAAGCUUCCUGCAGGAUUGAAGAAUCUCACUGAAAUGAGAGAACUCAGACUGUCUGCUAACAGCCUGGAGAAGUUCCCACGUCAGAUCUGCUGCUGGCAGUCCCUUUCCCAUGUUUACCUGAGGAACACUGGUCUGAGGAAAGUACCCGAGUCCUUCACCAGAUUAACCAGUGUCAGGAUACUAGAUCUGAGUGAAAAUUGCUUUGAUAAGAUUCCCAAAGGGAUAUGCACUAUGAAAAGUCUAGAAGAACUGGCCCUGGAUGAGAAUCACAUACAGGAGAUACCUGCAGAGGUGAAAGAACUGACAAAUUUGAAAUGUCUUGGCCUGUCUGAAAACCAAUUCAGUAUCUUUCCUAAGGAAAUCUUUCUCCUGGAGUCAUUAGAGAGAUUACACCUGGGACAAAAUAAAGGAAUUAAAUUCACAAGUCUGCCAGAAGAUAUCAGCAAAUUGAAGAAUCUGAAAGAACUGCAUGUGGAGAAUAAUUCUCUGGAGUAUCUGCCUGCAGCAAUCAGCUCAUUGAGCCACUUGAAAACACUGGACUGUCGCAAUAACCUCCUUAAGCAGCUCCCAGACUCUUUGUGCCAAAUAAAAGGCUUGAAAAAGCUCUUCCUUCAGAACAAUCAACUGUCCCAGCUGCCUGAGGAUCUGGACAGUCUUCAGCAGCUGGAGCUAGUACUUUUGGAUGAGAACCCCAUGACAGACCCUCCAACUGAAGUGUGCUGCCAGGGGACAGCUGCCAUCUGGGAAUACUUACAGGAAAAAAAGCGUAGAAAGGCCAUGAACUUAAAGGUCAAAAGAUUGUGGCAUAGGUUGAAGGGAAUUGGACCUUUCUUGACACUGUAUAAUGUAGCAAAACCAAAAAAUACGACAAACAAAGGAAAAGGAUCAAAAGCCAAAAAGUGAUAUUGGGUAGUAAAUUGCACAAAGCUCUUUUCAUUGAUGAAGAAGGGCAAAUAUGAUCAAGUACAAGUGAGGAAGAGACAAACAGUAUUAAAGCAUUUGAACCAGUGAGUGUUACAGUAACACCAUUUCUGAGCUUUGUUUUUGUGCUUCUGUCAACAUGGACUCCAGCUGGAACAGGCAGGUUCUGAAAUAUUCCCAUUCUGAAUGGAUGUUAUCUCAAAGCAAAAAGGCAGCUGAUUGACUGGGAAUUAAUUGAAUCUGUAGGAUCUGGUGCAAUGAAGUGUUCUUUGUUUUGAAUCCCGAAGUAUUUUACAGGCAAUUCUUAGAAGUGUGUUUUCCAGUCAGUGAGGUACAGCCAUACCUAGAGUAGAACAUUAAUUGUAGUCCCACCUACUAGUAGUUAUUUAAUGAGUCUUACAUUCAGAAAUGAUCAGUAUCUUCUUCUUCCAGGCAGUCACAGCACAUGCAAGUACAUUACCUGCCUCAGCAUCUUGUCUUACACAGCUGCAAAAAGCUCUUUCGAAAGUCUUUUUACACUUCUGCAGAACUGUUGGCUCAUGUUUUGACAAUCUGGAGUUACAACGUGUUGAAUGACUGCAAGCUGUCAGUUCCUUAUAGCUCAUCUCUGAGAUAGCUUGGUGGCAGUUUGUAAAACAUCUGUACAGCAGACUUAUUUGAAAGCAAGAAUUCUGCAGAACGCAAUAUUCUGCAAUGAUUCUGGUCCCAGCACCUUUGCUAUUCAGAAGAGCCACAACAAAACCUCUUUGCUGUAAUUCAAGCAUGCCAAACUGAUAUGAAGCCAUGCUUUCCCACAACACUUUGCAGAUAGCUGUUUGCCCCAGACAUCUGAUGUCCUUGUCUUGUUUUUGUUCUGUAAUGCUCAAUUCCUCUUGAAACCCCUCCACAGUUUUAUCUGUGGCACACAUAAAGCUCAGAGCUGGACUGGGACUGGCCAAUGUGCAGGUUCAAAAUCCAUGAGUGGGCAGCAGCAGAACCCUUUGUUUAGUUUAACUGGCUGCUUGGAACUGCAGUCCUGCUUUCCCUCCCCUUGUCUGAGUUGCCUCACAGAAGUUGGUGGGAUCCUGAAGAAGGUGGUGAAGGAAGUGUCACCAAAACCCAGCUCUUAGAAUUCCACUUCCAGGUAGUGCUCUCUGAAAGCUGUGGCUACUUCUGCACCCAGGGCAUGGAUCUUAUUUCUGUUUGGCCUCUGAAAUGAUUGAUACUGAAAUCUCACUAAUAUGCUUGUUGGCAGGAGAGAGCUGUGAAUGCAGGAACGAGGGGUGGCUUGGUUUUCAUUUUCCAUUUCUCUAGGUAACUGAUGCUGUUUUGAUUGUUUAGAGGCGUCUUAUGGAUUUUCUUUGCCCUAAGUGGAAGCAAAGAGGAACAGAGAGAAGGAUGAUUCAGAGACCACUGAGGAGGAAAACACUGGAA